UUAACAGGGCUCUCUACAAACCAUGUGGUCCAUAGAUUGAGUCAGUCUUAAGUUGAGUCAGCUAAGGGGAGAGUCAAAGUGGUGAGGAGUGGAACCAGCACUUGGUUGUGCGUCUAUCACCAUGGUUGACACGCGUAGCGUAACGAGCACCUCCCCUUAUACGGCAGAGCAGGAUGCGAAGGCCGUCGCCAUCUUGAAAGAGAGAAGAGAGAAGGAGGAGGCCAAGAAGAAGGCCCUGAUGGAGGAACAUGCGGCCAAAUUGAAGAAGAUAGAGGAGGAGAUGGCUAGAGAAAAAGAGAGGUUAAAGAAAGACGAAGAAGAGAAGCUCAAGGUGGUAGAAGAGGAGGAAGAGGUAGAAGAACACCCACUGGAAAGGCGAAGGGCAGGAGGAAGACGAGAAUCUAGUAGUAUAAAAGAAGAUCAGAUGAAGAAGAAAAUUACAGAGUGGGUUGCUGGUUUAUCCCUGGGGGAAGAAGAGGAGGCACUGAUGUAUGUGCCCAGAGAAGAACAAGAGGCCGCCAUGAAAGAGUGGGAUGCAGAAGAAGACCCACUCAAGCGGCAGGCGAUAGAGGAUGAGAAGAGGAUGGAGUGGAAGUUCCGAUUGACGAGGGAGAGGAAAAGAAGAAUGGAGGUGGCGAAAGAAUUAGCGGAGGUAACGAAGCAAAGAGAGCAGAUGGCGACGCAGGUGGACCUAUUGGGGAAGAUGGAGAUAAUGGCGAGAAACAUAGAGCGUUUGGCACAGGUCCAGGAAGAGCAAUAUCUGUUUGUAGUAGUCUACUUAGAUGACAUUCUAGCAUUCAGUAGGACCCUCCAGGAGCAUGAGGGUCAUCUGAGGCAGGUCUUGGAGAAACUGAGAGAUGCUAACUUCAAGAUCAACGCAAAGAAGUGCGAAUGGGCAAAGACCCAAGUUCUAUAUCUCGGCCAUGUCUUAGACGGAGACGAUAUUAAGCCAGAAGAUAGCAAGGUCGCAGCGAUUAGAGAUUGGCCUACACACCGCACGUUGACAAAACUGCGGUCAUUCUUAGGCCUAGCGAAUUACUAUAGGAAGUUUGUGCGCAACUUCUCCACCAUCGCUGCACCCCUUCGUAGGUUGCUGAAGAAAAAAACAAUCUGGAAGUGGGAUAAGGACUGCACGUCUGCCAUGAAGAAGUUGAAGCAGGCGUUGAUAGAGGUAGCCGAUCCGUUCUUAUCGUUCGUCAUCACUACGGGCGCGAGCCAGUAUGGAAUAGGCGUUGUGUUACUGCAAGAUGACGGCAACGGAUAUAGACCCGUAGAGUUCAUGUCUGCUAGGAUGCCUUCAGAGAAGGUCGCGACAUCCACCUAUGAGAGGGAACUCUACGCUCUCAGGCAAGCAUUAGAACACUGGAAGCACUACUUGCUUGGGAGGCACUUCAAAGUCUAUUCAGACCACGAGACAUUAAGGUGGUUGAAGACUCAGGCCAAGAUGACUAGGUGGGCCGCAGAGCUAGACCAAUAUGAUUUUGAGCUCAAGCCAGUAAAAGGGAAGUAUAAUGUGGUUGUGGAUGCUCUGAGUAGGAGAGCUGACUACUUUGGAGCAAUAGUCCAUUAUCUGGAUAUAAGGAGAGACCUGCAACAGAAAGUUAGAGAGGCGUAUGCGCAGGACCCUAUUUAUAGCGACCUCCUCAAGAGACUUAAGGAGGCUCCAGAGACCGAGCCAAAUUACCGCGCUAUAGAGGAGUUGCUAUUUGAGAAGACUAAUGUAGCAGACCGCUUGUGCAUUCCCAACAGUGAGGAGAUUCGUAGCCUGAUCCUAGGGGAAUGUCACGAUACAGAGGGACAUUUCAAUUGGCAAAAGACUCUAGCCAAUCUGAUGCACGCGUACACUUGGCCAGGGAUGAAAAAUGAUUGCAUAGAGCAUGUCCGCAGUUGUAAGGUUUACCAGAGGAAUAAGACUACUACGCGUACCCCACUAGGUCUUCUCAUACCCCUGCCUAUUCCUGAUCAGCCAGGAGAUUCAGUGUCCAUUGAUUUUAUGGCCGCUGGCGUCAAGAGUAGGCAUGGCAAGAGCCAAGUCAUGGUCAUAGUUGAUAGAUUUAGUAAGUAUGCUGUUUUUGUCCCAUUACCUACAAAAGCUCGAACUGAGCUAGUAAUUUAGAAGUUUUUUUAUCAUUGGGUCAGUGAACACGGGGUUCCACUUUCCAUAGUUAGUGAUAGAGACACCCGGUUCACUAGUCAGAACCGGCAGGAGUUGAUGAGAGUCUAUGGCUCCAAGUUGUUGAUGUCAUCUGGCCGUCAUCCAGAGACUAACGGUCAGGCGGAACAGAUGAACAAGAUCCUGCAACAAGUUCUGCGUAUGUACAUUAGACCGGAUCAGAUCAAUUGGGAGGAGAUGUUGCCCAAGGUAGCAGUGCGUACAAUAACAGCGUGCAUUUGUCUACCUGCCGCACUCCCAACGAGUUGCAUAAGUCCUUUAGACCACGCUGAUUCACAAGCUACUGCCCGGUACUAGGGAGUUUGCGUUACAGCACGAGAAAGAGUUAGCUAACGUAGUAGAGAACCUCAGGAAGGCCCAACACCGAAUGAUAAAACAAGCUAAUAAGC